GACGUUAAAACUAGAGGAGGGACAUUGCUACAACCCCAGCAUACAAGUAGCAGCAGGGAUUGCAGUGGGACUGGGAACUGAAGGAUGUUUGAUGUGACUUUACCUGUAUAUCAAAAACAUGUCAUCUCAAAUAAAGGAUAAAGAGGCUUUUCAGAGGCUUAAUUUUCUGUACCAGGCUGCUCAUUGUGUUUUGGCUCAAAAUCCGGAGAAUGUGGAGUUGGCUCGAUUUUACUGUCAUACUGAAAGAAUGAUUAGCCAGCGAUUGGUGUUACGACAAGACCCCUCAAUUAAAAGAACCAUUUGUAAAAGGUGCAGCUCCCUUCUUUUGCCUGGAGUCACAUCUACAGUGAGGCAAAAAAAACAUCAUGGACAGAGGCGAACUGUUGUAAGAUGUCUGAGUUGUGGGCACACCAAGCGUUUCCUCAACAAUCCAAACUAUAAACUGUGGUGUGAUCAGCCGCAGGCACUACUGGAAAAUCAACCCAAAACUGUUUCCAUAUUUAGGUAAAAUCUGUACAGGCAAAAUUCCAUAAGUGCACUCUUCAAAAGAUUAAAGAUUGAAAGCAAGUAAACCUUUAAAGAAAGAAAAGAUAAAGAUGAAAGACCUUUUGUCAAGCUUGUUUUAACCAUCAUACUGCAGUAAAAAAAAAAGUUACUGAACUAUCUUUGGAUCCAUUCUUUGCUUUGCAUGCUGGUACCAGCCCCAGAACUGGACUCUGGGUAAUCCAUGACUGUUUUCUCUGAUGUGUGUCUUCAGGACAUAAAGACUAUCCUUCUCUGGACUGUGCCUUACCGCUCGAUAUGGAAGUCCUGUUAUGCUGUUACAGGAUCAACCAAUUAAAUUAGGGGAGUAUUGUUUUAACUCCAUUCCUUAUAUUGCUUGUUUUGUAUUUUCUUGUAUUUGUUUUAUUUUUAUUGAUCAUAUUUGGUCUAAGAAAUCAUAUGCUUCAUUGGUAUUAGUGCACAUGGUAGUUUAUGUGCGUAACAAAGUAACCCUUUAGAUAAGUGUAACUGUGAACUUCGCAGUAUUGUACUCUAUUGAAUGGCCCACUGAGUAUAGAAAAUAGGUUUAAGGAAAAUGCUGCAACAUAGAAUAAUAUUUUAGACCCUUCACCCUUUAGAACAUAAGGAGGACACGUCUAAGCUAGAAGUUUAUAGUAAAUAUACAGAGAAAUGUUUGUUCAGGGAAUAGCAUAAUUAUAGUUUAUGAAAGCAAAUGUAUUUUUCCCUUUUAUUAAUUAGUAUGGUAUCUGCAAAGUGAAUUUGGUCAUUCCUGAUGUUUGUCAAAGAGAGUAAUUCUUACCAUAAAGAUGUGUUUACCUUUAAAAGAGCUUGUAGUUUUAAAUGAUGUUCUGUUUGUAUGCUUUCCUCAUAUAGGAGUGUGAGAGAAUUUAGGUUGCAUAAAAUAAUUAGUAAACUAGUAGUGUUUAUAUCAGAUGAGAUUGUUGAAUAUUAGGAUCAUGGUUGGAGAAUUAUAAGCAUUAUAGAUAGCAGCCAUCCAGAAUAAAGCAACACAAGGUUCUUUUAUUUUUUUAGAAGUUCAAAGUGAUAUUGUAAAGAAAUUCAUUUAUUUUCAUUGACUGUUUUCUUUUUUCCAUUCUUACUACAGGGCAGGCCUUAGCAUAAGUUUUAGCAUAAACAUUCAGGCCCUUGAGGAAGUCUGACAGGUUUUCACUUGCGUAGUAUUCAUGAAGUAUCAUUUAAAAGUGUAUAGAGAAGUUGUAAAUUAUUCUCUGAGAAAUGUCAAUGUAUUAUAUAUCAACAAUGUUUUGUUUGAUUUUAAAUGACAUAGGAUAAAAGUGACAUUUUAUUUGGACAUAAUUGUGAUUGUAUUUCGGUGUGUACUCAUCCUGUACUGUUUCUGUUUG